UUUUUUUAUCCGACUUUGUGCCAUUGCAUGCGAUGGGCACGCGGGGAUCCAAGCAGCCGGAGGAGGUCCGGGUUCUCCUGCUGGGCCUGGACAACGCCGGCAAAUCCACCCUGCUGUACAAAGCCAAGUACGACUCGCGCGUGACGACCGUCCCCACCGUCGGCUUCAACGUGGAGAUGAUGGAGAGCCGGCGGGACGCGCCGCUGACGGUGUGGGACGUGGGCGGCCAGCGCGGCAUGCGGCGGCACUGGAGGAGUUUCUACCAGGACACGGCGGCCGUGGCGUUCGUGGUGGACAGCUCGGACCCGCGGCGCCUGGACGAGGCCCGCCGGGCGCUGGAGCGCGUCCUGGCCAGCGACCAGCUGCGGGGCCGCCCGCUGCUCGUCCUCGCCAACAAGCAGGACGUCGACGGCGCGCUGACCGUCACCGAGCUGACGGAGCGCCUGAAGCUGAGGAAGGUGUGCGCCGGGCGCGACUGGUUCGUGCAGCCCUGCUCGGCCGCGACGGGCUUCGGCCUCAGGGAGGGGUUCGAACGGGUGACCCGCCUGCUCAGCUCAGACUCGCAUAUAGUGAGGAACACGCUGCGCCUCCUUCCCACGCCGAAGUAGAGGGGGGGGACCCCCCCUACCCUGCGGGUCGUGCUCGGAGGGUGUACGACCUAUGCGGUCGUACGGGUUGGAGGACUUGGAGAGAGUAAACCAUCUACGUCGGUGGCUCGAGGGGGGAGGGGGGGUCGUUUUGUUGAGUGCUUAAUUUAAAUGGAAAUAGCUGCUAAUUUAAGAAGGACGGUAAUCACCGGGGUUGGUGAGUUAACAUGUGGGUAAACCUAGGAUCUGCAUUCAGUGACCGUCACUCCAGAAGCCCUUCAGCGCGUGCCCGGGGCCGCUUCCGCGUCUGCACAGACACGCGGCGGGCGGGUGAGUCAUGGCGCCAACCUUUCAACUUCCGGCCGGUGGUAUGAAAAUGAAGGACGCAGUGGCUGGGUAAUGGCUGUGCGCGGGUAAUCGACUUGCACGUCGGUCGACUCUUGAGUGUCAGCGCCAUGACGCGCUGGGAUGAGAACACGUGUCAGAAAAGCGUCCACGUAUAAUUUAUUCAAAUCCAGGGUUUUGGCAAAUCGUCAGUCUUGAUUUCUUUCUUUGGUAUUGCUAUCAAUAUUGUAAUUUUGUUUCGGCAUCGGACGUACGUUUUUUUUCUUGGAGGGAAAUAAAAGCCUAAAUGUUACAGCGUGGUGGAAUUUGGACUUGCACCGCUCUCUUUUCUUCCCAGACAGCAU